UGCAGUUACAUCUUCAACUGUUAUCCCUCCCUGUGGUGGGCGUACGGAGAACGAUAGCUCUUUAUAUUUUGAAAAAGAUAAUAAACAUUGCAAUCCAUCAUCCACUGGCAUGGAGAUUUGUGAAGCAGAAGCCGAAGCCGCUGCUUCAGCUAUUGCUGUUGCAGCCAUAACUAAUGAUGAAACCGGUGGGAAUGCCUCGAGUACUGGCCCUGUAUUACCUGUUGAAACCAAAAUUUACGGAGGAACAGAGUUAGACGAUGGGUCAGCAAGUGGUACUGUUGGUGGAGAGCCUAGUCUAUCAAAAGCUGAAGAGUCUCUCAUUGUUUCUCUCCCUGCAGAUCUUUCAGUGGACACCCCUAUCUCUCUGUGGCCACCAGUACCAAGUCCACACAACUCAAACCAAAUGAUCACUCACUUCCCUCCAGGCCCUCCUCAUUACCCUUUCUUUGAUGUGAACCCCAUGUUAAGAGGACCCAUCUAUGCUUUUGGCCCGCACCAUGACGCAGGAGCAAACCUCCAAUCACAGUCCCAGAAAGGUCCAGGAACAGUUUCUGGUCCACCUACGACCUGGCAACAGCAGGGUCAUUCAGGAGUAGAUUCAUUCUAUGCUCCUCCUAGUGGUUUCACGGGUCCUUUCCUAACCCCACCCGGUACUUUUCCUGGCGUUCAGGGCCCUCCUCACAUGUUCGUUUAUAACCACUUUGCACCCGUUGGACAGUUUGGCGGGUUGAGUUUCAUGGGCACAACUUACAUCCCAUCUGGAAAACAACCAGAUUGGAAACACAACCCAAUCGUGUCUUCGUCUCCGGUUGGAGGAGAUGGUGAUGUAAACAAUCCAAAUGUGGCCUCCAUGCAAUGUAACAUUGUGCCUCCGUCUCUUCAGCACCUCCCUAUGCCAAUGUUUGACCCAUCUUCUUUCCAGGUAUUUGAUCCCAUCAUUAUGAUUUCCAACAAU